AUGACAUCUUUCAUGUUUGCUCCUCUGGCCUCCAGCUGUGCAGAUGUUCUGAAAAGACCCUCAGUGUCUCUGAGUCAUGCUGGUGACAUAUUGGAGGGUCGUCCCCUGACACUGACCUGCGACAUCGACAACUUCGACUACUCCUCAGCAACAGAUGAUUACUGCUGGUACAAGAAGAAGAAUGUGUCUUCAGAUGAUGAAGUCCUCAGUAAAGGUCGACAACUGGUCUUCAAGUCCAUCAAGUGUUCAGACUCAGCAGAGUAUUUGUGUACUGUGGAGAACCAGCUGGGGAAGAAGACAUCAGAACCCGUUCGCAUUGACGUCCAACGGCUGCUCAGUGCUGAGUGGGGGGGGAACUAUACUGAGAAGGAGAUCUGUGCAUUUAAAGGAUCCACUGUAAAGCUUCGGUGCGACUUUGAGUUCCCGCCCACAGAAGGCGGGCGUGAGAUCAAGGUCAAGGAAACAUUUUGGUUCACCAAAGAUCCAAAGAAAGAUCUGAGACUGGACCCUGAGUACUUUGGUGGUGUGCAGUCUGAGUGUCAUGGCAACAUCUGCAGUCUGACCAUCGCAGACGUGAGACGGAGUGACGAGUACACGUUCAGAUUCACAACUGACCAUUCCAGAGGAGACUUCAUCGUCACGCCUGGUGUCAAAGUGACCGUCACUGAUCUGAAAGCACAAGUGUCCUCAAGUCACAGGUAUGAAGAUGGCAAAUAUUGCUAUGAUCUGAAGUGUGUCAGCGACACGUGCAGUCCUAGGUCUCCUUCUUCAUACGUCUGGUAUAAGAAUGGAGAGGAAAUCCAAAAUGUAAAGUCCCAAGUGUACAUAUUAGAGUAUGACUACAAAAACAGUUACUCCUGUGCUGUGAGAGGACACGAGCAAGCUGUGUCUCCUCCAGAGUGUGUGUUGUACUGGUCAUGUAACAAGGUGGUUUACCACAAGAGACACAUCUGUGCCAUCCAAGGAUCAUCAGUUGACAUUACCUGUGAAUACACGAGCUAUGGAAAUACCCUGACAAAAUUCUGGUUCCGUAGAGAUUCUAGUCACUGGAGGAACCCCUCCAUGACUGAAGAUCUGCGGUCAGACCCUCAGUAUGAAGGUCGUCUUGAGUUACCUUCAGAGUCUUCUGGAAAAAGCACACUGAGAAUAAAAGAUGUGAGGCAGAGUGAUUCUGCCGAGUACUGCUUCAAAUUCACCACUAAUGAUGGUUUUGAAUGGAGGAGUAUUUUACCUGGAAGCACCUUGACAGUCACAGGUAUGAACACACCUGACCAAACAUGCCCAAUAAUACAACUAUAUUACAAUGAAUACUUUGGAUUAGAUUACAAAAUAGAUAUAUUAUCUGUGCAGGUGCAGAAAAAUGGAGUGAAUAUAAAGUAUGGACCCAAAGUAGAAGUCACCUUGUCACCUGGAGACUACAUCACCUGUGCUGCAGAACAAGAACAACAUAUCAGCAUCUCUCCUCCCCUGUAUGUUCUGAAAAGACCCUCAGUGUCUCUGAGUCAUGCUGGUGACAUAUUGGAGGGUCGUCCCCUGACACUGACCUGUGACAUCGACAACUUUGACAACUCCUCAGCAACAGUUGAUUACUGCUGGUCCAAUAAGAAGAAUGUGUUUUCAGAUGAUGAAGUCCUCAGUAAAGGUCGACAACUGGUCUUCAAGUCCUUCAAGUCUUCAGACUCAGCAGAGUAUUGGUGUACUGUGGAGAACCAGCUGGGGAAGAAGACAUCAGAACCCGUUCGCAUUGACGUCCAACGGCUGCUCAGUGCUGAGUGGGGGGGGACCUAUACUGAGAAGGAGAUCUGUGCAUUUAAAGGAUCCACUGUAAAGCUUCAGUGCAAAUUUAAGUUCCCGCCCACAGAAGACGGGCGUGAGAUCAAGGUCAAGGAAACAUUUUGGUUCACCAAAGCUUCGCCUGAAGAUCUGAGACUGGACCCUGAGUACUUUGGUGGUGUGCAGUCUGAGUGUCAUGGCAACAUCUGCAGUCCGACCAUCGCAGACGUGAGACGGACUGACGACUACACGUUCAGAUUCACAACUGACCAUUCCAGAGGAGACUUCAUCGUCACGCCUGGUGUCAAAGUGACCGUCACUGAUCUGAAAGUAGAAGUGUCUUCAAGUCCUAGGUAUGAAGAUGACAAAUAUUGGUAUGAUCUGAAGUGUGUCAGCGACACCUGCAGUCUUAGGUCUCCUUCUUCAUACGUCUGGUAUAAGAAUGGAGAGAAAAUCCAAAAUGCAAAGUCCCAAGUGUACACAGUAGAGCAUGACUCCAAAAACAGUUACUCCUGUGCUGUGAGAGGACACGAGCAAGCUGUGUCUCCUCCAGAGUGUGUGGUGUACAGCUCAUGUAAGGUGGUGGUUUACCACAAGAGACACAUCUGUGCCAUCCAAGGAUCAUCAGUGGACAUUACCUGUGAAUACACGAGCUAUGAAUAUACCAAGAACAAACUCUGGUUCCGUACAAAUUCUAGUCACUGGAGGAACCCCUCCAUGACUGAAGAUCUGCAGUCAGACCCUCAGUAUGAAGGUCGUCUUGAGUUACCUUCAGAGUCUUAUAAAAAAAGCACACUGAGAAUAAAACAUGUGAGGCAGAGUGAUUCUGCCGAGUACCGCUUCAAAUUCACCACUAAUGAUGGUUUUGAAUGGAGGAGUAUUUUACCUGGAAGCACCUUGACAGUCGCAGCUGUGCAGGUGCAGGUGAUGUCAGUCAGAGUUGAAGAUUCUCACCUUGUUGCACAAAUGUUGUGUCACACAAGCUGCCUUCUAGAAGCUCCUUUGUCUUUUGAGUGGCAGAAGAAUGGAGUGAAUAUAACGAAUGGAACCAAAGUAGAAGUCACCUUGUCACCUGGAGACUACAUCACCUGUACUGCACGACAUCAACAACAUUUCAGCAUCUCUCCUCGCCUGUAUGUUCUGAAAAGACCCUCAGUGUCUCUGAGUCAUGCUGGUGACAUAUUGGAGGGUCGUCCCCUGACACUGACCUGUGACAUCGACAACUUCGACUACUCCUCAGCAACAGUUGAUUACUGCUGGUCCAAUAAGAAGAAUGUGUCUUCAGAUGAUGAAGUCCUCAGAAAAGGUCGACAACUGGUCUUCAAGUCCUUCAAGUCUUCAGACUCAGCAGAGUAUUGGUGUACUGUGGAGAACCAGCUGGGGAAGAAGACAUCAGAACCCGUUCGCAUUGACGUCCAAGGGCUGCUCAGUGCUGAGUGGGGGGGGACCUAUACUGAGAAGGAGAUCUGUGCAUUUAAAGGAUCCACUGUAAAGCUUCGGUGCGACUUUGAGUUCCCGCCCACAGAAGGCGGGCGUGAGAUCAAGGUCAAGGAAACAUUUUGGUUCACCAAAGAUCCAAAGAAAGAUCUGAGACUGGACCCUGAGUACUUUGGUGGUGUGCAGUCUGAGUGUCAUGGCAACAUCUGCAAUCUGACCAUCGCAGACGUGAGACGGAGUGACGAGUACACGUUCAGAUUCACAACUGACCAUUCCAGAGGAGACUUCAUCGUCAGGCCUGGUGUCAAAGUGACCGUCACUGAUCUGAAAGCACAAGUGUCCUCAAGUCCCAGGUAUGAAUAUGGCAAAUAUUGGUAUGAUCUGGAGUGUGUCAGCGACACGUGCAGUCCUAGGUCUCCUUCUUCAUACGUCUGGUAUAAGAAUGGAGAGGAAAUCCAAAAUGCAAAGUCCCAAGUGUACAUAUUAGAGUAUGACUACAAAAACAGUUACUCCUGUGCUGUGAGAGGACACGAGCAAGCUGUGUCUCCUCCAAAGUGUUUGUGGGACGGGUCAUGUAAGAAGGUGGUUUACCACAAGAGACACAUCUGUGCCAUCCAAGGAUCAUCAGUGGACAUUACCUGUGGAUUCACGAGCUCUAGAUAUACCCAGAACAAAUUCUGGUACCGUACAGAUUCUAGUCACUGGAGGAACCCCUCCAUGACUGAAGAUCUGCAGUCAGACCCUCAGUCUGAAGGUCGUCUUGAGUUACCUUCAGAGACUUCUGGAAAAAGCACACUGAGAAUAAAAGAUGUGAGGCAGAGUGAUUCUGCCGAGUACCGCUUCAAAUUCACCAUUAAUAAUUAUGAAUGGAGGAGUAUUUUACCUGGAAGCACCUUGACCGUCGCAGCUGUGCAGGUGCAGGUGAUGUCAGUCAGAGUUGAAGAUUCUCACCUUGUUGCACAAAUGUUGUGUCACACAAGCUGCCUUCCAGAAGCUCCUUUGUCUUUUGUGUGGCAGAAGAAUGGAGUGUAUAUAAAGUCUGGAACCAAAGUAGAAGUUACCUUGUCACCUGGAGACUACAUCACCUGUGCUGCACGACAACAUCAACAACAGAUCAGCAUCUCUCCUCCCCAGUAUGUUCUGAAAAGACCCUCAGUGUCUCUGAGUCCUAUUGGUGACAUAUUGGAGGGUCGUCCCCUGACACUGACCUGUGACAUCGACAACUUCGACUACUCCUCAGCCACAGUUGAUUACUCCUGGUCCAAGAAGAAGAAUGUGUCUUCAGAUGAUAAAGUCCUCAGUAAAGGUCGACAACUGGUCUUCCAGUCCAUCAAGUGUUCAGACUCAGCAGAGUAUUGGUGUACUGUUGAGAACCAGCUGGGGAAGAAGACAUCAGAACCCGUCCUCAUUGAUGCCCAAUGUUCCCGGGUCCUCACAAUGGCGGCAGCUGUGGGCUCAGUCGCUAGCGUUGUUCUGGCGGUCCUGGUUCUCACCGCCUUCCUGGUGUUGAGGAAAAAGAGGCAAUCAAAGGAGUCCAAAGCCCAGACCAGGGCGGAUGCAGCUUGUGGCGAGGCUCCAAACCAGGAGAUGAAUGAAGUCACGUAUUCUCAGGUCUGCUUCACCAAUUCAAGCGGCGGUCCCAUCCACGCCAACCACACGCCAGUCGUGCCCCUCAGACACCUGGUGGAGGAGGAGGAGGAGGAAGAUGGCUUGGAGUACGCCACAGUUAAAAGACGCCUCUCUGGUCCGUCUCCUGUCAUCAAGGGGCGAUGGUCGGGGAAUCUGACCUGCGGCAGCGAUGCCAACCCGGCAGCUAACAUCACCCGGUACAAGGAGGAUAGGCCGUCUCCUAUGGAGUCAGGUCAGACGCUGACUAUCAAAGACCUCAGUCUAGGUCGGAGGCUCACCUUCAGGGACAUCAGUCCAGAUCAGAGGCUCACCUUCAGGGACAUCAGUCCAGAUCAGAGGCUCACCUUCAGGGACAUCAGUCCAGAUCAGAGGCUCGCCUUCAGGGACAUCAGUCCAGAUCAGAGGCUCACCUUCAGGGACAUCAGUCCAGAUCAGAGGCUCCCCUUCAGGGACAUCAGUCCAGAUCAGAGGCUCACCUUCAGGGACAUCAGUCCAGGUCAGAGGCUCGCCUUCAGGGACAUCAGUCCAGAUCAGAGGCUCACCUUCAGGGACAUCAGUCCAGGUCAGAGGCUCACCUUCAGGGACAUCAGUCCAGAUCAGAGGCUCGCCUUCAGGGACAUCAGUCCAGAUCAGAGGCUCACCUUCAGGGACAUCAGUCCAGAUCAGAGGCUCGCCUUCAGGGACAUCAGUCCAGAUCAGAGGCUCACCUUCAGGGACAUCAGUCCAGAUCAGAGGCUCACCUUCAGGGACAUCAGUCCAGAUCAGAGGCUCACCUUCAGGGACAUCAGUCCAGAUCAGAGGCUCACCUUCAGGGACAUCAGUCCAGAUCAGAGGCUCACCUUCAGGGACAUCAGUCCAGAGAAGGGUGGCCAUGAUUAUUACUGUCAGGCCUACAACAGCUGGGGGAACCAAACCAUUGGUGUGCACGUGAGGGUGAAUGGCAAUACCCCCGAAGUCCAAAACACCUCUCCGUCCACUGAAGACAUCAGUGUCCGUAAGUGGAACAUCAUCCGGCUGGUUUCUUCUGCGGUUCUGUUCGUGGGCAUCCUGCUCAUGCUGACUCUGCACUUCAGGACGAUGACGUCUCCCUCGUCCACCGUGGAUCUGAAUGAGCUCGUUGAGCUUGCAGAGCAGCGGGACCAUGGCGACUACGAGAACAUUCAUGCCGCAGUCCUGAGACACCAACGCCGGAAAGAGGAAGCGCUGUGA